AGGCUAUUGGAAACUUUUUCUACCAAGGCAUUCCUACAGCUUAUCUUGUUUUUGUUGUGCCACCCGAAUUGGGAGAUAAGGAAAGCAGCAUAUGGCACUUCCAGGAAGAUUCUUGGUGCAUCUCAUCUAUUAGCUGAAGCUAUUUUGCUCGAAUUUUUGAAUUAUCUCUCUGUUGUUGGAGAAAAGACUAUUAUUCUUAAGAUGAGUGAUGCAGAAAAUGUGACAGACUCUCAAGUUCCUUUCCUUCCAUCAGUUGAAGUUUUAGUGAAGGCAUUAGUUGUAAUAGCACCUGUGGUUUCAGCUAGAGGUCCAGAUGCUUGUGUGCAGUUAUUGCUUUGCUUACAUCACCCAUGCAUCAUUGGCACAGGGAAAAAAAUGCAGUUUGGAGGAGGGUGCAGAAGUGUCUGCAGAAAUUGGGAAUUGAUCUGAUUGGUCUUAUUACUGCUGAUGUUGUUAAGUUAUGCAAGGGAUUAUUAGGUUCAAAUGGAUUGUUGAAUUCUAAUCACAUGGAGCAAGAAGCAGCUUUAAACUCCUUGUCAACACUGAUGUCUAUUAUACCAGGAGAUACUUAUACACAAUUUGCAAAGCACUUUAUUGAUCUCCCAGAUCGUGUUGCUCAUGACGCACUCUCAGAAGUUGAUAUUCAGAUCUUCCUCUGAAAUGUUGAAUGAAUUACAGCUGAGUCUGUCAAACGGAUGGCAGUAAAGACACAGCUAAGCACAUUGAAGAAACCCGAAGAUGGUUGAGCUUGUGUGUCGGGUUCUCUCCUAAGUUAGUUGCUGCAAAUUCAUCAUAGCAGGUCAACUAGUUCAUGAGGACUUGGUGCUAGAACACAUAAUAUGAUAGAUUUUUGUUUUAGCUAUAAGAUAGUUGGUACUUUCAAUUUUGAAUCGAAAUAUGCAAUGAUCAUAUGUACUUGA